AUGGGAGAGAAUCCUCCUCAACCAUUGUUAAGAGACUAUGACCACCCCAACGCAUUCCAACUUCGGAGUGGCAUACGUCUUCCCACCACGAAUGCAAACAACUUUGAGCUUUCACCUCAACUCAUCCGCAUGAUUCAAAGCGAUCAAUUUGGGGGUAGUCCUUAUGAGUGUCCUUUUGCUCAUUUGGACAACUUUCUUGAAUUGUGUACAACUAUCAAGCAAAACAACAUUUCGGAAGAGUUUAUUCGGAUGCACAUGUUUCAAUUCUCCCUUCGAGACAAAGCAAAGCAUUGGUUGAGAAUGGUUGAAGAGGGAUCGUUGAGUACUUGGGAUGAGGUGACUAGAGCUUUUCUUGGGAAGUAUUGCCCUCCCGAGAAAACCGCUGAAUUAAGACGGAAGAUCACAAACUUCAACCAAGAGGUUGAUGAAACUUUGAGUGAAGCAUGGGAGCGGUUCAAAGAUUAUACUAGAGCAUGCCCUCACCACGGUUUCACCUCAUGGAUCAUAGUGCAAAGCUUCUAUGAUGGUCUUACUCCUACCUCAAGGGCCAACCUUGAUUCGGGAGCCGGAGGUAGCCUUAAAAAGCUAUCGGUUGACGAGGCCUACAAAAUGAUUGAGGAAGUGGCUAAGCAUUAUGCUUAUGGAGGUGAUAAAAGGCAAGGUCAACCCAAGAAGGGCGGUAAGCAUGAUCUUGAAGCAAUAGAUCUUAUUGCUUCAAAGGUUGAUAUGUUAGCUCGAAAGCUAGAUCAAGUGAACAAUGUGCCCGGUAGCUCCUCCCCACAAGUCAUGUCUUGUGAGACUUGUGGAGGAAAUGACCACUUGGCAUCCUAUUGCAACACUACAACGGAGCAUGUGGCUUCACUUGGUAGGAAUGAUCCUUACUCCCAAACUUUUAACCAAGGUUGGAAACAACAUCCAAAUUUUGGGUGGAAACAACCCAAUCAAGCUCCCCCUCCUCAAAACAAUUACAACCAAGCUCCUCCUUACAAUCAACCCCCUCCACAACAACAAGCUCCCUAUCGCCACCCCAAUCAAAGAGACAAUGUCCAAUAA